AUGGGCCUUGUUGUGGAUCAACUCGAGAAAGCAUUAGAUUAUCAACAAAAACUUGUAUGCCUGACUCUUAGAAUCCUUUCACUUCUUGUUUUUCAACAGGGAUUGAGUGGAUCUUUGCAUGAUGUAUACAUUAGUUUUAGACACCGAGACACCGAAUGCCACAUUGUUGAUGAUAUUUAUGAUGCUCUUCACCAAGGAGAUGUUUCCACUUACAAGGAUGAGGUGACACAAUCCCGUAAUGAGUCAGUACUUCUAAAGGCCAUUGAAAGAUCACGAUUAUACGUCAUUAUCUUCACCAAAAAGUUCGCCAUUAAUUCUUGGUACUUGGAUGAAGUAGCCAAGAUUAUUGACUGCAUGAAAGAAAAAAGACAAUUUCUUUUGCCCAUAUUCCUCAACGUGAGUCGUUCUGACGUGCGGACACAAAAAGGAUAUUUCGGGGAUGUGAUGUCCGAAUAUGACAGACAUCCAAGGAUGGAAGUUUGGAGGAAUGCUCUUGUUGAAGCAACUAAUGCACCUGGGCUGGAAUACUCCAAAUUUCGGUAA